GUUGAAAGAACAAGCAGAGCUGCGUCUGGUACAAAUGUGUUCUCAAUACUAAGUGAGCAACAGAGAAUACCAAGACAGUGGAAAAAAUUCAUGAAUGUGGGAAGCAAUAAGGAGAGACUAAUUGACUUUCUUGUAGAGGAGUGGAAAAAGGCUCCUCUUUCCAGGUUGGGAUCAGUGGAAUUUUUUGUCACCAAACAGGAGAAAUGCAUUAAAAUUCAUUCAGCUGGCGAUGCUGGUGUUGUUGUUGCUGAAGAGAUUUCAGAAUUAGAAUGCGAUCAUGAAGAAGCUGAUACUAGAAUGUUUGUUCAUGCCCAUCAUGCAGCAGAGUCAGUUGACACUGUUGUUAUUAAGAGUCCAGACACUGAUGUGUUUGUGAUUGCUAUUGCCAGUCAACCAACCAUUGAUGCAAAGCUGAUAUUUGAUACAGGAACUGGAAACAAUCAAAGACGAAUUGACAUUAACGAAGUUGCUGCCUAUUUUGGUACUCUGUGGUGUAAAGCAAUCAUUGGCUUUCAUAUAUUUACAGGCUCUGACUCAACAAGUGCUUUCUUUGGAAAAGGUAAAGUACGAGCAUUUAAAGUAGCAAGAAAUAGUGUGGAAUUUUCAGAGGCAUUCGCUACUCUUGGUGAAGACGUGAACAUCCCUGAAAAUCUUGGUAAAAUCUUAGAAAAAUAUGUUUGCUAUCUUUAUGGGCAAGAUAAAGCCAAAUCGAUUAAUGAUGCACGCUAUACAAUGUUUAAAUUUGGUAAAUGCACAGAAGAGUCACUCCCACCAAAUUCCGACAGCCUCCAUCAACAUAUCCUCAGAGCAAACUUUGAGUCCUAUGUCCGCAAGCAUGCAACAAUUCCAAUUUUGGCAUCACCCUCACCAGUGGGAUAUGGUUGGAAACUUGAAGAAGGUGAGUUGCAAAUUGUAUGGGGAACACAACCUCCUGCACCAGAGAGCAUCCUUGAAUAUGUUGAUUGCAAAUGCAAGAAAGGGUGCACAACAAACAGAUGCUCUUGCCACAAAUCUGGUUUAAAAUGCACUGAAUUGUGCCAGUGUAAUGGCUGUGAAAACUAUGAAUCAGCGGAGGAACUGAGUGAACUUGAAGCACAGUUUCUAGAAUAUGAGUAUGGGGAAGAAGGCGAUGAUUAUGAUGAUUAGAUUCUGGUAUAAAUUGUAUAAAAUUAAUAAAAUAGGUAUUACUAGCUGCAAAUGUUACAGCAGUUUGAGAGUUUAUUUGCCCUGUCUAAUAUAAAUAUUCUCUGUAAAACACAUUUUACAAAAUUUAACAAAACUGAUCGUAAGCUGAGUAUAGUCAGCGUACUAGUUCAUGUGCACAAGUACUAUUACAUGCACUGUAUAUUGUUUAGUUUUUACAACAGCGUAGCAGAUAUAUCACACAUAAGUGCUGAAACAUUUUAAUACUGAGCAAAGAUGUAUUAUCAUACAACUGUUUGUUUACCUUAAAUUUAUGUUUUCAUUUAUACUGUUAGCUGAAUCGAACUGAACCAUGAACUUGUUUAUUUGUCUAUAAUAUCACAUAUCUCAAAAUGUGCUGGAAGUGAAAU